CAUCUGUAUCCUGAGCAUUUCAAAUUGAAACUAUACAGCUGAAACAAAUCCGAAGUUCCAGCUCUCCAAAGAUUCAUGAAAGCCCUGAAAAGAUGGUCUGCCCUUCUACUCGUGAUUGGAAAAGAUCUUAUGAUCUUGAUUUGAAUGGUGAAGCUAUUCAAGAUCAAGAUGACGAUGAAGAUUUUGAUAACACGGGUUAUUUACAUGAGCAACAUAAAUCGAGAAAUGGUCCAAAUUUUUUGGUCGCAAGGGCUUCUCAAACUGAUGAAAUAUCUUUAGAGGAUGAGCAAUGGAAUGAUGGUUUAUUAGCCACAAUCUGCGAGAAGGUUCAUUUGGAAAUUGAUAGAAAGGCAUCUUUGAAUGAAUCUAAUGAAGCAAACAUGCCAAUAGAUCCUCUUAUGGACGCAAAGAUCACAUAUAGGACUGGAAACAAGAUUAUUUGUUGCCUUGAAAAUGCUAGAAUUUGCAUACAAUAUGAAACAUCAUUUGCUGGGGAUCCAUGUGAAAUUUACCAUUGUGUGCUUGAAAGCAAAUUGUUUCUUGAAAAUAUGAAUGUGAUUCAGCAUACCUUAUCUUUCUUUCUACCAAUUCGCGAAGCAGAAAACGAUUUUCUCUCUUCUAAUGCCAUAAAAUUCAUAGACUAUGUUGGUACAAUCUACCAAGCAUACGUGAACAGAAGAGAGCAACAAAUGUUUCCUCCAUAUUGCCAUGUUCUUUUUCAAAUUCUACAAAGAAAGAAAUGGAUGAAGAUAGCAGCUGUUUUGAAGUCCAUUGCAAGUGCUAGGAGGAUUUCCCGUAAACCUGGUCACGGUCAAGACAUUGGAGGAGCAUGAAGCUACCCUGGAGCAGACAAGGCGAGACGACAUCAAACCUUGCAUCGGUGAGAUAAAUCCAA